AGUGAAGAAUCAAAACACAGACCGUAUUCGCGUUUUAUGUGUAUUAUUAUCAUUGUACGAGCAAAAUGAACACGGAUUCAAGAUAAGUUUGUGUUGUGUAAGUUUCUGUUUGAGAGAUGAGUGGGCCACGGAGGUCCAGUAAAGAAGAGUCCGGGUCCGAAUCAAAGCGGCUCUGCACGCGAGUCCCUCCGGAGAUGAGAGCACGUGACUGCGGUCAGCCAACAGAGGGCAGCAGCAGCCAUGAAGUGUCUGUGAUCAUGCCGGUGUAUAACGCCUCUGAAUGGCUGGAUGAGUGUUUGCAGGCGAUACUCCAGCAGGAUUUCGAGGGCAGUAUGGAGCUUUCUGUGUAUGAUGACGGCAGUUCGGAUAACUCUAGAGAAAUCAUCGAAAGCUGGAGGGAGAAGUUCGAGAAGAGAGGCGUUUCCAUGGUGAUGUCAGGACAUAACUUAGACAGCCCUAAAGGAGUUGGAUUUGCAAAAAACCAGGCAGUGUGUCAGAGCUCUGGACGAUACCUCUGUUUUCAGGACGCGGAUGAUCUCAUGAAACCUCAGAGAGUGAGACUACAACAUCAAACUGCUGUGUUAAACCCCACAACAAUUGUUGGUUGUAAAGUUUGUCGAGUACCUGAAGGCUCCACUGAACGAUACACCAGAUGGAUUAACAGUCUCACACCAGACCAACUCCUCACACAGGUCUACACCUCUCAUGGGCCAACAGUCAUCAUGCCAACUUGGUUCUGCUCACGUGAUUGGUUCAAGAAAGUCGGUCCGUUUAAUGAGGGAGGAAAGGGAGUUCCAGAAGAUUUGCUGUUCUUCUAUGAGAGUCUUCGUCAUGGAGGUGGUGUGGUCAGAGUAGACGACUGUUUACUGGUUUAUCGAUAUCAUGAAAAUGCCGCAACGCAUUCUGUUCUAGAGGAGACGAUCUGGAGACUCCGUGUGGAAUUCCUGCAGGAGCGAGUGCUCAGCCAAUGGGAAUCAUUCACCAUAUGGAAUGCUGGGAAACAGGGACGAAAACUCUACCGCAGCUUAUCUCCGACCAAUCAGAGGAAGGUGAAGGCGUUCUGUGAUGUCGACCAAAACAAAAUCCAGAAGGGCUUUUACACGUAUGAGGAGUCAAAGGAACGUCCUAAACCCAAGAUUCCCGUAGUGCAUUUCAAAAAUGCAUGUGCUCCAUUUAUAGUUUGUGUGAAACUGGACAUGACUGAUGGAGUUAUGGAGGAGAAUCUGCUGUCCCUGAAGCUAACAGAGGGAAAACAUUAUUACCAUUUCAACUGAACCUAAAACACAAGUGUGUGUGUGUGUUGUGUGUAUGAGCUGGGAACCUGUUCAUGCUUUACUUCUCAGUAUAUCGGUCUUGAGAGACCUCUCACAUCACUAUUAGCACCUACUUGUAGACACACAUAACCAUACACACAGUGAUGUUUGUUUGCAUUCCUAAUGCCCCAUGUCGCCCUCUUUUCUGGAUGACCUGUCUUGCAGACCUCAGGCUUUUUCCCGAAGCCCUGCUUGGUUAUCUCAGAACAAACUGCCUAAAAGCGUCUAUAACACAGAGAAAGAAUCGUUUUAAUGUGUGCACUCCUUAAAUGAAGUAUUUUUUCUUCAAGUUACAAGCAAUGGGAUUUCAGGCAAAUAAGAAAAAAAAGUUUCUUACAGUGAAGACUUGUUUAAUAUUGGGCAAUCAUAGUUAACAGGUAAGAUAAGACAGAUGUGGGCACUGGGUAACUUAAGUUCAUCUUCUUGUAGCUCAUUUAGUAGAGCUUUGCAUUAGCUGCGCAAAAAGGCACAGGUUCGAUCCCAGAAAACACAAAUUUCCGAUAAAAAUGCGUACCUUGGAAGUCGCUGUGGAUCUAUUUAAGCAGACUUUUUGUAUUUUCUCUGCUGAUUUCAGGUUAAACAGUUCGACUGAUUUAGAUUAGAUUUUAUCGAAUCCGUGCAUUUCAUGGAAUUCUGCAUGUGUAGAAUCCAUGUGCACUGACUGAUGUUAAAGGGGUCAUGUUAUGAGAUGUUUUUUGUAAAAUAAGUCUUUGGUGUCGUUUGUUUUUAGCUCAAAAUGACCCACAGACAACUUAUUACAGCAUGUUAAAAUUGCCACUUUUUAGGUGAAAGCAAUUAUAAGUGUCCUUUAAAAUGCAAAUGAGCUGAUGAAAUGCAACUCUGAUCACAAUGAUGGUGGUUUGUUAAAAUUGAAACUCAAUUGUGCUGUCAAUAAUUUUUUCUCUCUCUUUCUCUCUGCACUAAAUGGCAGUGCCGUGGUUGGAUAGUGCUGAUUAAGGGACGAUAUUAUUGUAAUUGGUCGUGCUACCUACCUCACAAAACAGGCUAAAUCUAAAUGACCUAAUUUUUCAGAUGUGUGCAGAGAAUAAUUUACCAAAACUAAGUUACUGGGUUUUUCUUUUUCACAUUUUCUAGGUUGGUAGAUGAACUGGGGACCCAAUUAUAGCACUUGAACCCUUAAAAAGUCAAAUUUUUAACCAGACCCCUUUAAGUCAGAAGCAUUUU